GCCCCAGCUCUGUGUUGCUUUGCGCUUGCUGCAGUAAACUCCAAGGUUAACUUUGCACAAGACAAAGACAACGCUUAGGCAGCUGCUCUAUGAAGAGACCAUCCAGAGAGCUGGAAUUUAAGUCCUUUUCAAGCAGGUGCAGAUCUACACAGUGGAGCAGAGCAUUCACACUGAAGCAUCAUGCAGGAGAACAACAUUGACCAGCCCACCUCAUUAUCGCAGCUUUUACGGGAGAAUUAUCUGGCUGAAGCAAGAGCCCAUCACAGACAUGGCGAGUCCACCUGCAUCGACUCGCCGCGACGCCUGGUGUAUGGGACUCUCAAAGAGAAAGCCAGUGAUUGUGGUGGGAAAGUUGAACCUCAGUUCCCAGAUCUAUCUGCUUUCCUAAGCCAAGAAGAACUGGACAAGAGCGUUGAUCUGGCAUGCAAAGCCAUCAGUGAUGAGCCAAGAGAACGUGAGGAGAGACCUAAUGGACCCCCACAAGUAAACCAUUAUGAUGUUCCUUCCAAUCAGCCCACUCCUGAGACUGAGAUCAUGUCAGAAAGACCAUCAGUUCAGCCUUCCAUCCAAGACAACAUGAUGAGGAACAUCAGAACUAUCAAUGAACCUCCACCAGACUUCAAAAGGCCUUUAAGAAACACUCCAUAUGGCAUGGAGACCCAAUCCAAGAAGGAGUUCCUCAACAAAGCUGCUGACUUCAUAGAGGAGCUUUCUUCGCUCUUUAAGGCCAAUAGUUCCAAGAGAAUUCGGCCUCGUUCUUGCAAAGGCCAUCGGAGUAGAUGCCAGAACAAAGGCCAACUUGAUGGCACCCCAUUCACCAUUAAUACAGAAGAUAGAGAAAGGCAAAUUCUCAUUGGCGAACAGUUGGAGGAGCCAACAGAGUUUCAACAAUUGGAGGAACCAAUAGAGUUUCAACAGUUGGAGGAACCAAUAGAGUUUCCAAAACAGAACAAUCGAGUCAUAGAGGAGCCUUAUAACAUAGAGGGGCAACAGGAACCAGAGCCCCAGUGUGAGAUACAGUGUGAGGCCCCAGUUCUGAUAGAGCCGGAGAACUCUGAGGAACCCCUAUGUGAACCUCCACACUUUAUACAAAAACUCAAAAGCAGGGAGGUUCCAGAAGGAAGUAAAGUCCAGUUGGAUUGCAUUGUCAGAGGAAUUCCCACACCUGAAGUUCGGUGGUUUUGUGAAGGUAAAGAGCUUGAGAACAGUCCUGAUAUUCAGAUUAUCAGUAACGGUGAGCAGCACUCUCUCAUCAUUACCGAGGCGUUUGAAGAAGACACAGGCAGAUACUCGUGCUUUGCCUCCAACCUUUAUGGCACAGACUCCACGUCAGCAGAAAUCUACAUUGAGGGUGCCUCUUCAUCGGAUUCCGACGGGGAACAACAUCUAGCACAACUUCAAAAAAGAUCUUCUCAACCCAGGCCUCCAGCUACUCCAGCUGUCUCAGUAGUGCCUAACACGUCAAUUGAAGACCCCACAACAACCAUACCACCCCCCUGCCCUGAGCUGACAGCACCUUUAGCAGUCACUGAAGCUGCAUCACCUGCCCAGCUGACAUUUGACCCACCUUCUAAGCAAGUAGACCUAGAACAUUUGGGUUCUGAGGUAGUCAACUCUGAAAUUCCUGAGCUAGAACCAACCAUACCUGUUUUAGUACCACCAACACCGAUAUCUCAGGUGGAGCCCACUCCACCCUCUACAUCACUGACCAUAGCUCUGCCAUCACCUCCUUUAAGCCAAAGUAUAUCAAAUAUACUGGCAACAUCUCAGCAGAGCAUUACUGAGAAUCAAAAUGGCAGCAGUUGUUAUCUUCAGAACUUCGAUGUAAGGCCCAUCAUGGCAGCUCCUGUUUUCACUAAGAACUUACAGGAUCUCCUGACUCUUGAGGGUCAGCUGGUAGUGCUGGAGUGUCGAGUAAAAGGCAUUCCCUCCCCAAAAGUAGACUGGUACAGGGAGGGAACAUUGAUUGAAGAUUCUCCAGACUUCAGGAUCCUCCAAAAGAAACCCAGAUCCCUGGCUGAAUCGGAGGAGAUAUGCACUUUGGUUAUUGCAGAGGUCUUUCCAGAGGAUUCUGGAACAUUUACUUGCACAGCCAGCAAUAAAUAUGGCACAGUCUCUAGUAUCGCAGUGCUCCAGGUGAAAGGACACAAUCAUAACAGCACCAACUCCAAAACAACUAGCACCUUAACAGUGGGAUCCUCCCAUGAGAAGAUUCCAGCAACUGACCUGAUCACAACGUCUUCAAAACGUAAGCCAGAUGUUCCUUUGGUGAACAACAAACUUCACUCAAGUAUGAUUUGUCUUGACCCUUCGAGUUAUGGCUCUAUGCAGUCAGACCCUUUGGACGCUGGAACGCAUCGCCUAGAAUCCAUCAAUUCUAGUAUGCUUCGCCAUGAUCUCACCACUAGCCUACCAAGUCUAAACCCUGUGAGCAUUGGAAAAUAUCACUCAGAUACUUUCAGGUCUAGCUUACCUCAGCUAGACCCCCUCAGCUUCAGUUCUUGUCUUGACCCAUUGAACUCUGAUUUAAACCACAAGCCUCUUAGCUCUAGCACUACACACUUUGAUUCAGGUGGUUCUGGUUUGAAGGCUUCCAUGGGAGCGACCCCAAAUCCACUCAAUGGAUUGUCCUCCACCAUCACUUUGAUCUCUGAUGUGGAUGAUUGUGUGGAACCAUUACAGAACAUUCAGGUUGGGUUAAAACCUACCCCCAGCCCCUAUGUUAUUAGUCCCCCACCAGUAAACACCAGUAACCAAAAAGAGAAACAGCCUCAUAAACCCCUACCAGAUCCCCCAGCCUCUUGCCUCAAGAUUAGACCUGAAGGUGUUUUUGUAAAUCACAAUGAGCCACGGUCAACUUCUCGAGUGGGCCUCCGUGUAACCUUUAAACUUCCAGAAGAUGAGGAAAUCACAGACGAGAAAUCAGUUUCGCCCAACAAAGAACCACCACCAGUGCUGGCUAAGCCAAAAUUAGAUCCAAAGCAGAUUCAGAUCCUCCACAACCAGGUGCUUCUGGAACAGCAGCAGGAGAAUAUUUCCCCAAGCCAGGAGUCCCCACAUUUAGACAGAACAUGUUCUGAACAACAGUCUGUCACAACAAUUCACCCUCCUGCAAAUUCAGUGGCAUCACAACUAAGAACACCUUCUCUUGUAACGAACUCUGGUCCAAUUCCACAGCUGAGUACUGCACCUGUAUCUUUACUGCCAGCAGCACCUACUCCUAUACUAAAACCUACACCUGUAUCCCAACUGAGCAUGGCUUUACCUAAUUCCAUACCCUUUCCUCAGCUCAGUCCAUCAGCCCCAAGCUUACAUAGCAACCCUCCAAUACCUCAACAAACUCUGGUCCCUACUACUUUGUUAAAUACUCUUCCACCAAGUGUGGUUCCCUCUACCCUAGUAACCCAAUCGACUGUUGCAUCUAAUAUAGCUAUGCCUCAACCACAUGUAGGACCUAUCAUACCCUUGCCUCAACUCACCAUUGCUUCAACCACCCAACCAAACACCAAUCAUAUGGCUAGUAAGCCCCAAAUUACUCCCUCUACUCAUGUAUCGCAAAUAAACAUGACUCCUACCCUGCAGAUGAACUCUGUUCCCAUUAGUGAAAUAAACAUGACUGUUGCCAAAACACAGCCACUGGUUACACCUGAUACCGCAACUGUUAGAAACACUUCAGCCAGGUUAAACACCACCCCAAUUACUCGUACCUGUACGGCCCCACCAUUAAUACAAGACAUUCAUUCUCAAAGUGUGUCCUAUGCACCUCUGAGUAAUGUCUUCUUACCCCAUCUGAUGAGUAAUCCACCUGAACCCAUCCUGAGUCCAUUGUCUCCACCACCAUUGCACACUACCCAGCCUCCACUGCUGGGUAUAGUUCCACUCUCUACACAGAGCUUUAGCUACACUAGGCCAAAGGAAUUUAUUGCUGCCCAGACUCUCUCACCUAUCAGAAGUCCUUCUCCAACCGAGUCGCCGGUCCCAAUGCUCCAUGAAUUGGCUUCUCAGAUAUUCCCAAAGUCAACACGCAAGCUCGUGUCCCCUGUCAACCAGUUUGUCCCAUCCCCAAAAAAGUUCCCCACAAGGAUUCUGAAAUCUCCAAGCAGCCCUCCAUAUGUGUCCUCACCUCCUCUCCUGCCUCCAAGUGUGGUGAAUUCAGUGUUUGCUUUUAGAACACAGUCACCACCACAGGCUUCAUCAACCUCAAGCAGCUCCACGCCCAGCCCAAUCCAAAAUCCAGUAGCCUUCCUGAGCUCUGUCCUACCUUCACUGCCAACAUCUCCUCCAACCAAUGCCAUGGGACUGCCUAAGAGGGCCCCUCCUGGGCCUCAAGGCAUACUGAAGAAGAAUCAAAGAGGUCCCAGGACCAUGUCAGAUGAUGACAUCCGAUACAGCAGGGAAAUCCUCUUACAAAAUAUUGAGAAGAAGCUACAAAAUGAACCACUUCAUUUUGGACAGCAGAAGGCGAGUCAUGGGGGGGAUGUGAGCAGACCGCUCAGACCAAACAUUCCCAUCGCAACUGUCAUAAACUAUUAUGAGGAAUACAAGGUGUCAAGCUUUGAGCAGAGGUUGAUGAGUGAGAUCGAGUUUCGUUUGGAAAGAACUCCAGUUGAAGAAUCUGAUGAUGAUGUUCAACAUGAUGAAAUUCCCACAGGAAAAUGUAUCGCUCCUAUAUUUGACAGGAAACUGAAACACUUCAGAGCUACGGAAGGCGUUCCUGUCACAUUUACCUGUAAAGUUGUUGGAAUUCCAAUACCUAAGGUCUACUGGUUUAAGGAUGGAAAACAGAUUUUGAAGAAGAAUGAUCACUAUAAGAAAAUCAGAGAGGGUGAUGGCACGUGUUCUUUACACAUAGAAGCCGCUACAAGCGACGAUGAUGGGAAUUACACUGUCAUGGCAGCAAAUCCACAGGGCAGGAUAAGUUGUUCUGGCCAUUUGAUCAUCCAGACGGGUCCCAUGCGAAACCGCCCCAUGGUGCACGCCCAGAGAGUGCGAGCGCGUGUGCAGGAGGUGGAGGGGGAGCCCGUUCAAGAGCGAUUCUUUCGUCCACACUUUCUUCAGGCUUCAGGGGACAUGUUUGCGCACGAGGGUCGACUCUGUCGGUUAGACUGCAAGGUGAGUGGAUUACCCCAUCCUGAAAUCAUGUGGCUUUUGAACGGGAAGCCAAUAUAUACAGAUGUAACUCAUCGGAUGCUAGUGAGAGAGAAUGGGGUUCAUUCUCUAGUGAUUGACCCGCUGACUCAAGCUGAUGAUGGCACGUACACUUGCAUCGCCUCAAAUAAAGCUGGACAGAGCUCAUUCUGCCUUGAGCUCAAAGUCGUGGAGAAAGAGAUGAAGCAGGCUCCCCAUUUUGUGGAAAAGCUGCAGAAUACGGGCAUCGCAGAGGGCGCUCCGGUCCGUUUAGAGUGCCGAGUCGUGGGAAUGCCACAGCCGGUCAUUUACUGGAAGAAAGACAACGACACAAUCCCUCACUUAAAGGACAGAAUCAGCAUGCAUCAAGACACUACAGGAUAUGUUUGUUUGCUAAUUCAACCAACCAGAAAAGAGGACGCUGGCUGGUACACGGUGUCUGCAAAAAAUGAGGCCGGUAUCAUAUCAUGCACAGCCAGAUUAGACAUUUAUGCUCAAUGGCAUCAACAAGUCCAUCCACCCAUGAGGAAAACACAACUCGCAGGAAGUCGCUACGCAGAUGUCACUGGUCAAGGUCUGGGUAUGAAAUCCGCCUUUCCCACAAGUGACAACGGCCCCGUCAUAUUCACAACCCCUCUGUCAAAACCUACAACAGAAAGUGAAGAACUGUAAAAUCUUGCCAGUUAUGAUGGUGCACAAAAUCAAAUAUUUAAAAGACACUAUAUUUACAUUAGAGGAAUACUGUAUGUUUAGUAAUUGGCAUAUACUGAAGUGGCAGAUAAUGUAACAUCAUAUGCAAAUAUUGUUAGAGAAGUGCAUCUCUCUUCCUCCCUGCAUUUUUUUUUUUAAUAUUUACAAUUUUUGCACAUGCAUUUUCAUUUAAUAGCCAUUGAAAUUGUGCCAUCUUGAGGCAUUGGGCAUAAUAUGCCAGUAUGUUUUGGUCUUUGACAAUUUUGUUUCUCAUUUUUAGUUAUUGUUUUGCCUUGCAUAUUGCACAUGCAUAUAAAAUGAUGUAUUAUGAAUCUUUUAGUAGUUUAAAUAAUAGCUUUAGAAGUUUUUUUAAACAGCAUUAACUACUGCUGCUGUUUCAGGUUUUGAUAUCAUAAUGCAAGCAUGUGAUGUACAGCCGCAUUUAGAUUAUUUACUUAACUAUAUUUCUUUGUAAAUGAUUGUGCUAGCUAUUAUAAAUCUGUGCCUUUAUAUCAAACAAUUGUGCAAAUGUGCCGAGCUGUUGUUGUCAUUGUAUAAUGGCCCAAAUUGUCCAGGUUUUAAGUAUAUCUAGCAUCUAUCAUCUAGUCCAUUUCGAAUCAUUUUUAGGGUUGAAUCCAUUUUAUUUGUAUUAAAUAAAAAGUGUUAGGCAAAGUUGUCAGUCGUGUUCACACUCAUAAGCCAAUUAUCUUUUAGAAAUAAUUCAAAUGAAUUUCACUACUUUUUUUAAACUCAAGGUCAAUGCAACCAGUUCAUAUAAAACCUUCUGUUAAUAUUGCACUUCUUUUAACUAUGCUAUCAAAACUAUGCUUUGCAUCAUUGACUUACAUGAUGCUUCUUAUGCAAUGUUAAAAUCUGAUCAAAUUAAUUGUACUACAUGACAAUGGUGCCUCAAUAUUCUGCUACGCUACAUGGAAGGAAAUCUGUAUUUUCAGUGUUUAUAUAAUGUUGUUAUUGAAGAUUGAAUACCGUUGCUUGAUGUAAUUCUCUAAAGAGCGAUAUGAAAAAAUCAGAAAUAUUUUAUUAGAUAUUAUAAAGUUGUUGUGGAAGUUUACAAAGCCUUUGAUAUGUUUUAUUGAUAUACAACCGAUAGAAUAAUUAAAUGCAAAUAUAUAUUUUGUGAACAUGUAUAAUAGGUUUUUUUUCUUGAAAAUAAAGUUAUAUUUAU